AAUAAUAAACAUAUGCGCUACUAAUCCUCGUGUAGUAUGAGUUGUUGAUAACAUUUCUAUAUUCAUCAAUAGUAUAUUAUAUCUACAUUGAUUUGCCUCAUUGUAACUUGUAUUUGUAUUUGAUGUGGCAGAUGCUCUGAUAUCUUUAUGACCGUGAUAAUCUGUAAUAUAAUAUGGAAGAAACAGUUGUUACUCCACUAAAUGCAUCUUCCUUUUCGCGUCAUUUUUCUAUACCUUAUGAGCAAGUAAAAGAUCAACAAUGUCCAGAAGUAACUAUUGCUGUAAAUCCGCAUAUAGGAUGGUAUAAAUCAAGUGCUGACCGUAAAAUGUUUCCGUUCCUCAGUACAAAGAAUCCAAUCGAACCAGAUAUCAAAGCAGAGGAUUUUAUUUUAUACAAGAUGAUAACAAAUUAUGAGGAUGUAUUUUAUUGCCGUCGUACACCUGAAAACGAAUCAAUACGUCUGCUGUACUGUUCUCAUGCUUUAAAUCAUUCGCUUAGAUGUCAGACGCUUGUAUCGAAGAAUAAUGAAAAAGAAAAACAAUUCGGUGCGUCUGAUUCUUUACGAGAUCAAGGAUUUCAUCGGGCACGUACUCUUAUUUUAGCACCAACUAAAGAAGCGGCCAGGCGAAUAGUUCAUACGUUUUUCCAUUUGAUGCCUAAAGGCUCCACAGUAAGUCAUCGACGUCGUUUUGAACGAGAUUUUGGUCCACAACCUGGAGAUACUGACAAAGAAAAGAAAAAGGGAAGAAAACCUAAAGAUUACGAAGAAUGGUUCAGUGGUAAUUCCAGUGACAAUUUUCGUAUUGGUAUGGCAUUUUCUAAAAAGUCUGUAAAAUUGUAUUCUGCAUUCCGUGAUUCCGAUAUAAUUCUAGCUUCUCCUUUGGGAAUUAAAACUGUUAUCGAUGAUGAAGUAGAGAAAGAAGCUGAUGUUCAAUAUAUCAUAGCAUCUAUCGAAUUGUUGAUUAUCGAUCAAGCUGAAAUGUUACUAAUGCAAAAUUGGGCUACUGUACAACAGAUUGUCUCUUUACUCAAUCAACGUCCAACUGUUCCUGUGUUUGCAUCAGCUGCACGUAUUCGAUUAUGUUACUUAGCUGGUUAUGGUAGACGUUAUCGUCAAACUCUACUAUUCUCUGCUGUAUCAAAUUUUUUGAUCACAUUAUUAUCAGGUGAAUGUGAAAAUUUUCAAGGCAUGAAUUAUAUACCGCCAUUAUCACGUUACCCUGAUUUAUAUCCAACAUUUUUACCCGACUGGGUACGUAUUCCUGGCCUGAAAGCACCUAUUCGAACUGGACAAAAACGUCAACAUUCAGAUAUGAGUGCUAUAAAGGAAGGAGAUAAAUCAUUGACAAAUUAUAACUUCAAGUUACAUCUGAUUUCAUUUGUAGUUCCUGGACAAAUUCCUGUUAAAUUAUCUUGUACAAAAUUGUUCAGUAAAAAUAACCAAUCAGAUUCAGAUGAUGAGAUAGAAAUAUCACCUAAUAUGACCACUGAUAAUUCUCUUCAUUGCCUUUCUAAUCCCUUGAAAAUAGAUUCAUCAACAAAUUCACUACUAUUAUCUACUAAAACACUUGGAUUCACUGACUACGCAUAUUUAUCAGGACGUAAUGUUUCUAUAGCCCGAUUAAAUGCCUUUAAACAACGAAUAUUACCUAGGCUACGUCGAGGUUCAGAUCCCCGUGUACUUAUAUAUGUGCCAGAUUUCUACGAUCUUGAAGAAUUGCGCCAAAUUUUACUUGCUGAAUCGUUGGAUUUUUGUUGUAUUAAUGAAUAUACAGAAGACUCAGAAGCAGAACGAUUUCGUACUUUGUUUGGUGAUGGUCGUAUUCGUAUUUUGUUAAUAACUGAGCGUUAUCACUUCUUUCGAAGGCGAAAAAUUCGUGGACCUCAAACAUUUAUUUUUUAUGGUCCACCAACAUUUCCAUGGUUUGUCAAAGAAUUAUACGAUUUCCGACAUUCAGAAAACGAAAUACAAUACAAUAUGACUAUACUCUAUUGUCAUCCAAUAGAAACUCAUAUUGUAUCUAUGAUAACUGGUUCAGUAGAAUUUUAAUAAAUAAUGAUACUUUCAUGUGU